AUGCAGUUUUCAACUGUCUUGUGCGUGAUAUCGACGUUAGUGGUAGGCGGUACUUUGGUAGAAUGUGGGGAGUCUGGCAAGGUGUAUGCGGCGAACGAGACGGCGGAUGCCGCUCCGGCAUCUUCUUCCGCGGAACACGAUGUAGAAUCUUACCAAGGCAUGGGUGAAAGCCCUCUUCAUACUCACGAGGAGGCAAAUGCAGGUGCGAUUGCAUCCGAGUCUGGGGAUUCCCACCCGUCGCCAGGUGUAGUGGAAGGCGCCGGUGGUCCUCUCCAUCUGGUGAACGGCAGUCUCCCACCGUUCGAGGAAGACAUAGAGCUCAGACGAGAAGACACCACACGACAAUCCCUCGUGGCCAGCGUCUCUCAGCAGCCACCAAACUUGGCGAAAGUGGCGAGCAGAGUCGCUGCGCCUCUUCUCGCAGCGUUUGGACAGAAAUCCGCUUCUCACAUUGCUCCGCGUCUUGACUGGGCUUUCGUCCGGGACGUGCUGGAUGACAUGAAAGACUUUCAAACAGCAGGCUUAGGGAUCGGAGCACACACGGGAGAUCAAGUUGCGGACCAAGCUAGACAGAAACAGUCGUUCUACUGGAUGUCGCCGUGGAGAUGGUGGAUGUUCUACGUGAAACUCCCGGAUCUUGAGGUGAAGAAGUACGAAGAGAUGAAGGACGCGAUGCGAGCGUUCGAGAACUCCAGCGAGCCUGUGACGAGACAGGUGUACGCAGGCAGUGCCGAGCUCGCCAGAGCUCUCGGCAUCCCACCUGCAGCGCUGGCUCGAGGCUUCACCGUGAAGAUAUGUCACUUGAGCACAACUCAGCCGUGGAAAGCCCUUACGGAGACUUUCUUGAGGAAGACGUUUCUGCUCCCUGACUGGCAGUUUUUCGUUCCGCUCCUGGCCGCAGCCAGAGGGACGGCGGUAGCGGCGACGUUCCAGUUUUUCCCACGAACUCGUGGCAGCCUCCGACAGCUUGCAACCCAGGUUCCACAAAAGCUCAACGUGGUCAUGGUGAUGGCCGAGAUGGUGGCGGCUGUAGAGGCUCUGCAUCGCCUUGGAAUCCUCCACAGAUCUCUCUCGCUAGAUGUGUUCUACGUCAACCGGGAAGGGCACAUCCAACUGGGCGAUUUCGAGAAUGCCACUCUGGACGGCGUCUACCGGCCGAUCUCUGAUAUGGCAAAACCUGUGCAGGAAGUCUACAUGAGGGUGUUGCGGCGCUUCAACGUGGCGGUCCUCCAAACUCCGGCAGCAGACGUCUUUUGUCUGGGGAAGGCCUUUGAAUCGCUGGCGGAUCUCACAGAUCUGGAAGGCCAGGAGCGGCUCUUGGUGGAAGUUGCGGCGGCUCGCAUGACCCAGGCAGAGGCGGAGAAAAGACUGAGUCUCCAGGAAGUUAUGGAGAACAAACUUUUCGAAGGCGUCGAUUUCGGCGCCGUUCGCGCUCGCAAAAACCCCAGCGUCUACGGGAGCUACGCGCUGCGGGAAACACUCACGUCAACGGACGGAAACGCCUCAACCUGGGCGGACGACAGCGACGACGAGUCCCUUUACGACCCCAGUCCAGAUGGAAAGUCUGCUUACGAUACAGAAUGGAAAACAUCCAGCGCCGAGCCGACGCGCUCGUAA